AUGAAUGUAAAUAGUGAAACUGUCCCUCAAGGCGGCAAUAGUGUUGUUGAAGAAGACAAAGGUGUCGUUGAUGAUGACCAAGGUGUCGUUGAUGAUGACCGAGGUGUCCCUGAAGAGUGCAAUAGUGCUCUUGAAACUCGUCUUAUUCUAAUGCACUUGUUGUUGGCAGAGCCAGACCGUCUAAUUGUUAGAGAUCUUGAUAAGGAUUGUGAAUUGACCAAAGAAAAAGACCCUGAAAAGAACAAUAGUGUUCUUGAAGGUGAUAAUGAUGUGAUUGAAGAGGACAAAGGUGACUCUGAAGAGCGCAACAGUGUUCUGGAAGUUAAGCUUGCUAUAAAAAACUUGUUAACGGCAGAACCAGACCAUCCAAAGGUUAUAGAGAUUAUUGAGCGAUUCAUUAGUCAAUUGGCCAAAGAACAACACCCCGGAAUGGUUCGAAAUAGUGUUGUUGAAGGUGACAAUGAUGCUCAAGGGGAACAAGGUAUCUCGGAAGAGCUCGAUGGUGUUCUGGAAGUCAAACUUGCUAUAAAAAACUUGUUAUCAGCAGAACCAGACCAUCCAAAGGUUAAAGAGAUUAUUGAGUGGUUGAUUAGUCAAUUGAGCAAAGUGCAAGUCCCUGAGAAAGGUGAAAACAAAUUCAAACGUUUCCUCAUACGUUUCAAAAGAUUGUUUAAAGGCACCAAGAGGGAAUCUCUGAAUUCACAAACUCAAAAUACAACAAUUCAGAAUGGUCCACCUCCAGAAGUGCCACUUCGUACUGAUGGCCCAUUAUUACCGUCAUCAUAUGUUAGAGAUCACAAUAUUAACUUUCGUACUAAACCUCACUCAAUAACUGUCAUAUUGGGAGGCGAUGGGUAUUCUGAAUCAGAAAUAG